GGCGGGGCGGGAGGCGGAGGCGCCGCGUAGGCCCGGGAGGCCCGGCCGGCCGGGCUGGGAGCUCGAGUCCCAUGCGCCGCCACCUCCCCCCACGAUGUUCCCCUCCCGGAGGAAAGCGGCGCCCUUGCCCUGGGAGGACGGCAGGUGGGAUGUUUCCUCAUGUCCAUAUCCCGGGUCUCCAUCCCACCCCCAGAAAGAGGCCCGAGGGCGAGAGAGAAUCUGUAGAGGUUCCAGCCUUCCCAGGCCACUGGCAGGAUUGGGCUCCCCUCCUCCCCAGCGGAAACCCCCACCACAGGACAAUGGGGGGUCCAGGCUGGUCCCCGGCGGCCUCCCCCGGAAAUGCUCCGUCUUCCACCUCUUCGUGGCCUGUCUCUCCCUGGGCUUCCUCUCCCUGCUCUGGCUGCAGCUCAGCUGCUCCGGGGACGUGACCCGGGUAGCCAGGGGACAAGGGCAGGAGACCCCGGGCCCACCCCGGGCCUGCCCCCCGGAGCCGCCGCCCGAGCGCUGGGCCGAAGACGCGUCCUGGGGCCCCCACCGCCUGGCCGUGCUGGUGCCCUUCCGCGAGCGCUUCGAGGAGCUCCUGGUCUUCGUGCCACACCUGCACCGCUUCCUGAGCAGGAAGAAGAUCCCGCACCACAUCUAUGUGCUCAACCAGGUGGACCACUUCCGGUUCAACCGGGCAGCCCUCAUCAAUGUGGGCUUCCUGGAGAGCAGCAACAGCACGGACUACAUCGCCAUGCACGACGUGGACCUGCUCCCCCUCAACGAGGAGCUGGACUAUGGCUUCCCUGAGGCCGGGCCCUUCCAUGUGGCUUCCCCGGAGCUGCACCCACUCUACCACUACAAGACCUACGUGGGCGGGAUCCUGCUGCUUUCUAAGCAGCACUACCAGCUGUGCAACGGGAUGUCCAACCGCUUCUGGGGCUGGGGCCGUGAAGAUGAUGAGUUCUACCGGCGCAUCAAAGGGGCCGGGCUGCAGCUUUUCCGCCCUUCGGGAAUCACAACCGGGUACAAGACAUUUCGCCACCUGCAUGACCCCGCCUGGCGGAAGAGGGACCAGAAACGCAUCGCAGCUCAAAAACAGGAGCAAUUCAAGGUAGACCGGGAGGGAGGCCUGAGCACCGUGAAGUACCACGUGGAUUCCCGCACAGCCCUGUCAGUGGCCGGGGCCCCCUGCACCGUUCUUAACAUCCUGUUGGACUGUGACAAGGCUGCCACCCCCUGGUGCACCUUUGGCUGAGCCAGCCUGACAGGAAGGAAGCCUGUGCCCCAAGGCCACACUGCUCCUCAGGCUCAGGACAUCAGACCCAGGUUCCCACACCAGGAGGACAACCAAGGUUUGCAGCAGCCCAGCGCCCCCAAUGUCCUGAGGCAGGCCUGAGCCGGGACAGGACACGCAUGGGCACCCAGAUGAGUUGCUAGCAAUAAACAGUGAUGGGGAGAGGCUGGAGCGCCCGCCCCUUCCUGCUGCCCUGCUGUACCCUCCUUUGCGUGUUCAGACUUGAUGGCUUUCCGUUCCUUUCCCAGGACCACGUCGGCAGCAGCCACGCCACCUCCGCUGCUGCCGCCGCGCAUGGCCAAGACCAUCCAGAAGGUUAAAACUGCAGACAGACACCCGUGUGCGAGUUCUACCAAAAGGGAACUGCCAAGACCCGCUGUCACUGGGUGUCACCGUGCAGGGAUGGGGGCCUAGUGUUGCUGGAUCUUGAUUUUUUUUUUUUUUUUUUCAAAAGAAACUAGGAUUCUGGAUUCUUA